AUGUCGUCGUCUGCGCUCACAGCCACGCACGAUGUGCGCCACGACUUGAUCUUGUACGUCAAUGGCAAGCGCAUUCAAGUUGCUGAGAAGGACGUGCGGCCGGAGCAGACGCUGCUUCAGUUCUUGCGGAACGAUCUCCAGCUCACGGGCACCAAACUCGGCUGUGGCGAAGGCGGCUGUGGGGCUUGUACGGUCAUGGUCUCCAGUUUCCCCGUAUCGUCUGGUCGCGUGCGUCACAUGUCGGUGAACUCGUGCUUAUCGCCACUCUGUGCUAUGGACAUGUGCGCCGUCACGACUGUGGAAGGCGUGGGCGCUAUCACAGGCCCAGGAGGGGACGCCAAUGGUCUGCACGAAGUACAGAAAGCUCUGGCCGAGUCGCACGCCUCUCAGUGUGGCUACUGCACGCCUGGCUUUGUCAUGGCACUAUACGCUAUGGUCAAGCAGCGAGAAACAGGCGAGGAGCUCACGAUGAAUGACAUUGAGCACAACUUGGAUGGCAAUUUGUGCCGCUGCACGGGCUAUCGUCCAAUUCUUGAUGCUGCCAAGAGCUUUGGUGAUGAUGCUAGUGAAGCUCAGUGCAAGGGGACGUGUUUAGGAUGUCCACGCAAAGUGGGAAGCGGCGAGGCAGAAGUGGAGAUAGAGGAUCUCUAUGGCAAUUCGCCGGAGAUGGUGACGAGCUGCUCGUCUCGUAAGAUUCGAGUGCUGGCCCAGCAGCGCAAACAUCAAGAAGGUGAAGUUGUUGGUGAUACAAAGAGUGAACAAAUAGAGGGGGCAGAGCAGAUGGGAUGGUCGUUUCCGACUGAAUUGGUUGAGACGGCAAAAACACCUAAGGUUUUGCAUAUUGACAGUGACCGUAUCAAGUGGUUUGCCCCUAUUACACUGGCCCACUUGCUGGAAAUCAAGAGCCGACAUCCCGAUGCCAAGAUCUCGGUAGGCAACACUGAAAUGGGGAUCGAAACGAAAUUCAAAGGUUGCGAGUACAGGCAUUUGAUCAAUGUUAGCCGCAUCCCAGAACUUUUGGCCUCGGGAAACGUGAAGUCGACUGAUCGUAUUAAUCAGACAAUUUUUGCGGACGCUGAAACAUUCGAGGGCGUCAAGUUUGGCGCGGCUGUGACUCUUACGGAGGUGAAGCAACAUUUGUCAAAGCUGAUCGGGAUAUUGCCGCCGUAUCAAACACGUGCAUUUGAGGCGAUUGUCCAGAUGCUCAAGUGGUUUGCGAGCACACACAUCAGAAACGUGGCGUGUAUUGCAGGAAACCUCGUCACAGCCAGUCCGAUCUCGGACAUGAACCCGUUGCUUGCAGCAAUGAAUGCUUACAUUGAACUACAGUCUACACGAGGAGUAAGAUUUGCCCGGGUGCGCGAUUUUUUCAUUUCCUAUCGCAAGGUUGGAAUAGUGCCAGACGAGGUGAUCACUGGCGUGUACGUGCCUUAUACGAAGAAGUGGGAAUAUGUGCUUUCAUUUAAGCAGGCUCGUCGUCGCGAGGAUGACAUCAGUAUAGUGACCGCAGGGAUUCGGGUGAGACUAGAGUGCUCACGACAGACUGGAGAUUGGACCAUUGCAGAGGCAUCGGCCGUGUAUGGUGGCAUGGCACCGAUCACUAAGUCAGCAUCAGAAACGGAAAAGUAUCUCGUUGGUAAGUUGUUCAAUGUCUCUACAUUCGAUGAGGCUUGUGACACAUUACUCCUCAGUGAUUUUGAGCUCCCCGAUGGUGUACCGGGUGGAAUGGCGAAGUACAGGGAGAGUUUGUGCGCAUCGUUCUUGUACAAAUUCUUCGUAGCGUCAUCACUGCGUCUUGAGCACGAUGUGCAGACGACAAUGGACAAUGCUUUAGUGCGCUCAGAAGCACCCUCUAUUGAUGAUAACUUGCAAUCUGCAGGCGAAUCAUAUUUGCAUCAAGCUCGCCCGGUUUCUCACGGAUCUCAGAGCUUCGGUAUAGAGACCGGUGGGCUUCUGGACUCAAAACAUCAACCAGUGGGUGACGAAAACUCGACGCGUGGGCCAGUAGGAGAUCCGCUCAUGCACAAAUCGGCGUAUGUGCAAGUGAGUGGUGAAGCAGAGUAUACAGACGAUAUUCCAAGCACGUUAGGAACACUUCAUGGUGCUUUGGUCCUGUCCACCUGCGCUCACGCUAUAAUUAGAGGCAUCGAUGCUAAUGAGGCGCUUGCGAUGGAAGGUGUGCAUCGUUUCUUCGAUGCAUCCGUUUUUGAGACCGAGAAGCUUGGUUCAAACAAAAUUGGUCCUGUCCUAAAAGAUGAGGAAUGUUUUGCGUCGAAAGAGGUAGUAUGUGUCGGUCAACCCAUUGGCAUAAUUGUUGCAGACUCGCACGAAUUGGCAAUGAAAGCCGCAGACAGAGUGAAGGUUGUCUACGAAGAAUUGCCUUCUGUCAUGACCAUUCAGGACGCCAUCCGUGAGAAGUCAUUUAUUCUUCCAGUGCAUACCAUUGACAGCGGAAAUGUGGAGAAGGGAAUAGCUGAAUCUGACAUCGUGCUUGAGGGAGAGGUGCAUAUGGGUGGGCAAGAGCAGUUUUAUUUUGAGACCAACGUUUCGGUCUGCACUCCCAAGGAGGGUGGGAUGGAGAUUAUAUCAUCAACACAAGCUGCAACUAAGGCACAAGUACUAGCAGCGAGUGUACUGGGUAUUAAUUCGAAUCGAAUCACGAGCACGACGAAGCGUAUUGGUGGUGGGUUCGGAGGCAAAGAGACUCGCUCUGUAUUCGUUACAUGCGCCGCUGCCGUCGCUGCCUACGUCAUGAAGCGACCAGUCAAGUGCAUGCUGGAACGCCACGUAGACAUGCUCACUACAGGGGGUCGCCACCCGUUCUACACGAGAUACAAGGUCGGUAUCAAGCGCGAUGGAACCAUCUUGGCGCUAGACGUGGACAUAUACAACAAUGCGGGCUACUCCAUGGAUCUUUCACUGGCAGUGAUGGAUCGCGCGCUCUUCCAUUGCGACAAUGCGUACAGCAUUCCAAACCUUCGCUGCAAUGGCACCCUCUGCCGAACCAACCUCCCCACCAACACCGCCUUCCGUGGUUUUGGCGGCCCACAAGGUCUUUUUGUUGCGGAGACGUACAUCGACCACAUUGCACGCACCCUAAAGAUCCCUCCUGAAGAGGUUCGGUCGCGCAAUAUGUACCAUGAGGGCCAAAGUACGCACUUUGGUCAGACCCUCGAGGAUUUUAAAUUGCGGACGCUGUGGCAACACACAAUCGGUCGUAGUCGAUUUGAAUCGAAGAAAGCGGAUGUUGAGGCAUUUAACCAGAAGAACCGCUGGAAAAAGCGCGGCAUAUCGAUUUUGCCGUCAAAAUUUGGAAUCAGCUUUACCGCAAAAUUUAUGAACCAAGGCGGCUCUCUAGUACACGUCUAUGCGGACGGGAGUGUGCUGGUGUCCCAUGGUGGCGUCGAAAUGGGUCAAGGUCUCCACACGAAGGUAAUUCAGGUUACAGCAUUGGCCUUUGGCAUUCCACACGAGCAGAUACAUAUUGAGGAUACGUCAACGGAUAAGGUACCAAAUUCACAACCGUCCGCAGCUUCUAUGAGCACUGAUUUAUAUGGGAUGGCAACGCUAGACGCGUGUGAGCAGAUACUUGCACGCCUCGCUCCCAUACGCGAGCGCUUAGGUCCGGACGCACCAUUUUGUGAUGUCACGAAUGCCGCUUACAUGGCGCGCAUCAACAUGUCCGCCCAAGGGUUUUAUAUCGUCUCAAACGAUCGCUGUGGCUACGAUUUCACGAAGUCAGUUGCUGAAAAUGUUGCGAUCGGUACGGCAUUCAACUACUUCACCACCGGCGUAGCCUGCACCGUGGUGGAGUUAGACGUACUUACUGGUGAUUUCCACAUGCUAAGCGUCGACAUCCUAAUGGAUCUUGGUGCCAGCAUCAAUCCCGCUAUUGACAUCGGCCAAAUUGAAGGUGCAUUCAUGCAAGGAUUUGGUCUGUUCGCGUUGGAGGAGCUGGUGUGGGGUGAUGAUCAGCACCCAUGGGUGAGACGAGGCAACCUGUUUACUCGAGGUCCCGGUGCGUAUAAAAUCCCAAGCGCCAACGACGUGCCGCUAGAUUUCCAUGUAUGGCUAGAGUCAAAUCGGAAGAACAAGUUUGCAGUGCACUCAAGCAAGGCAGUCGGAGAGCCCCCGCUUUUCCUGGGGUCCAGCGCUUUCUUUGCCGUUAAACACGCAAUUUACGCGGCCAGGGAAGACGCUGGCCAUCAUGGGUAUUUUGAGCUGCACAGUCCCGUGACACCCGAGCGAGCCCGUAUGGCGUGUGCAGACGAGAUGCUGAAGAAGGUCUUCACGGCGCGAGGGGGUGACAUGAUUUCUUAUCGACCCAGUGGAAGCAUCUAA